CGUUUCCCGUCGACUACUUAAACUAACGGAACAAAUACGGGAGCAGUGCGCGCACAGGAUAAAUCGCUGAAGUGAUUUUCUGUUACAUAUUCUUAACUCUGUGUACUUCUCUGUGUUGUCACAACUCGUAUUGUACCUUUAUUUCACAUAAACGUCACCUGAGCUUGAAGCAGGGCUGUGCUAGCAGCGGUCAGCUACAGACUGCAGCUAAAUCGGCUCGCUGCUGUUUACUUUAGCAUCAGGUGCUAACAAUAACGGCACAGGAAUCUUUUGGGGAAAUACCGCUCUUUGAAAGACAUUAUCAAGUGUACACAACUGGUCUGAAUCAACUGUUGAUGUGGUGAGAAAAUCCAGAGAGAAGAGCAGCCAUGACUUCACUGGGGAGCAGCAGUUCCUCAGCUACAGAAUACACUGUGCGAGUCCCCAAAAACACCAGCAAGAAGUACAACAUCAUGGCUUUCAAUGCAGGGGACAGAGUCAACUGCUCAACCUGGACACAGGCUCGUAUGGAAAGGGACAUGAGCGCUCGGCGGAUAUACGGGGAGGAAGAGACGCAGGAAGGUGCGGCUGGCAGUGAGUUUGGCAAGAAGCAGCGUGAGGAAGCACGGCGGAAGAAGUUUGGUAUUGUGACACGUGAGUUCAAAGUGGAGGACCAGCCCUGGAUUCUCAAGGUCAAUGGCAAGGCCGGCAAGAGGUUCAAAGGUCAAAAGAAGGGUGGUGUUACAGAAAAUGCAUCCUACUACAUCUUCACACAGUGUCCUGAUGGAGCUUUUGAAGCCUUCCCUGUUCACGGCUGGUACAACUUCACACCACUGGCCAAGCACCGAACUCUCACUGCCGAAGAGGCGGAGGAGGAGUGGGGCAGAAGGAACAAAGUGGUGAAUCACUUCAGCAUUAUGCUUCAGAGACGUUUCCGGGAGCAGGAACGCGGUGAGGAUGACGAGGAUGAGGCUGACAAGUCGGGGAAGAAGAAAAAGAAGGCGGGUGGGAGAGGGGGCGACCUGCGCAUUCACGACCUGGAAGACGACCUGGAGAUGAGCAGUGACGACAGCGACAGCAGUAUGGGGGAUGAUGGGGAGAGCAAGACAAGGGCGAAGAAAGAGACGGGGAAAGGAAAAGGAAAGAAAAAGAAGAGGAAGAGCAACGAGGAGGCCUUGGAGGACAGUGACGACGGCGAUUAUGAGGGUCUAGAGGUGGAUUACAUGUCAGAUGAAAGCAGUUCAGAUGAGGAGCCAGAAAAAGGAAAACCCAGUAAAGCAGAGGAGCAUCCUAAAGGGAUUGAUGAGGCAUCUGAAAGUGAGGAAGAGAGCGAGGAGGAGAAGCAGAAUGAAGAGGAGGCAAAAGAGGAGGAAGAAGAGGAGGAGGGAAAGAAAACCCCGGUCCAGAUGGAAAAGAAGAAGAAAAAAGACAGCAGCGGCGAGUCAGACAGCUCAGACGACAGUGAUAUCGAAGGAGAGACGGCCUCCGCUCUGUUCAUGAAGAAGCGCACCCCUCCUAAACGUGGAGGAGGGCGUGGCUCUGCUGGCAGCUCCAGGACUGGCAGUCGCCCCGGGACACCAUCCAUAGACUCCGCCUCCACCUCCAGUACACUCCGUGCUGCUGCCAGUAAACUAGAGCAAGGUAAGAGACAGACUCAGGGUCCUUCUACUGACUCACCAGCUGCUAAAAGGCUAAAGAUGGAGCCCAGUACUCAGAGCCCUGUUCCCUCUGGGAAGAGUACGCCUCAACCCCCAUCAGGCAAAUCCACUCCUAGCUCAAGUGAUGUGCAGCUAACAGAGGAAGCGGUCCGGCGGUACCUGAUCCGUAAACCCAUGACCACCAAAGACCUGCUGAAGAAGUUCCAGACGAAGCGCACUGGUUUAAGCAGCGAGCAGACGGUCAACGUGCUGGCACAGAUCCUGAAGCGCCUCAAUCCAGAGCGUAAAAAUGUGAAUGACAAAAUGCACUUCUACCUCACAGAAUAACUGAUGGAGGCAAGGGGUAGAGAGGAAUUUUGUGUUUGUUUAAAAUCCAGAAAUCUCUGAUGUGUCGAGGUGAUGAUCUGACAUGCCACAGGAUCAGAGGUUGAAACUAUCUGCAUAGUUAUCAUUGAGUAUUUUGUGAAGCAUCUUGAGUCAGUAUUUCAGAGUCAGAAAAACGUGUCAAUACUGAGAGAAAAGCAGCUCAGUCUCUCUCUGGUUCUAAUAAUUUGAUUAAAUGAAACAAUACUUUGACUUUUUUUUCUUUGAUCAAAACAUUAAUAAUAAAAUGUUAAACCUGC